AUUCAAAACAAACCUGUUGUUGAAGAAAGAGAUAGAAACCGUAUUUCUUUCUAGAUAUUUCUCUUCCAAUUUUCCUAACUCAGAGCCUUAUAAGUUAUAACAUCUCAAUGACGUGAACAACCUUCAUAUUGCGAUUCUCUAACUGAAGAAUCAAUGGAGUGUUUUGGAGCUCCACACAUGACUGCAACAAUGGCGGCCUUUACGAGCCCUAGAUUCAUGAAUUAUAGCAUCAGACGCCAGUUUUCGUUACUCAAACACUGUAGGUUUACGACUUUAUCUUCUCCGUCAUCGUUGUUGAAGAGGAUUAGGUGUAGCGCUAAGAGCGAUAACUGUGUAGCGGUGAAGGAAGGGGUUUCGGAAGCAGAAAAGGAAGAUUAUGUGAAAGCAGGUGGAUCGGAACUGGUUUUUGUUCAAAUGCAACAGAAUAAGUGUAUGGAGACGCAGUCUAGGCUUUCUCAGAAGCUGCCAAGGAUACCGAUAGGAGAGUGUGUACUGGAUUUGGUUGUAAUUGGUUGUGGUCCUGCUGGGCUUGCUCUUGCUGCAGAAUCAGCCAAGCGAGGCUUGAAUGUCGGACUUAUUGGGCCUGAUCUUCCUUUUACAAAUAACUAUGGUGUUUGGGAGGAUGAAUUUAUAGGUCUUGGACUUGAAGGGUGUAUUGAGCAUGUUUGGCGGGAUACUGUUGUAUAUCUUGAUGACAACGAGCCCAUCCUCAUAGGUCGGGCCUAUGGACGAGUUAGUCGUGAUUUACUUCAUGAGGAGUUGCUGAGAAGGUGUGUGGAGUCAGGCGUUUCAUAUCUGAGCUCCAAAGUGGAACGGAUUACUGAAGCUCCAAAUGGCCAGAGUCUCAUUGAGUGCGAAGGCAAUAUCACAAUUCCAUGCAGGCUUGCUACCGUUGCAUCUGGAGCAGCUUCAGGAAAACUUUUGCAAUAUGAGCUUGGUGGUCCCCGUGUUUGUGUUCAAACGGCUUAUGGUGUAGAGGUCGAGGUUGAAAGCAUACCCUAUGAUCCAAGUCUAAUGGUUUUCAUGGAUUAUCGAGACUACACGAAACAUAAAUCUCAAUCAUUAGAAGCACAAUAUCCAACAUUCCUUUAUGUCAUGCCCAUGUCUCCAACUAAAGUAUUCUUCGAGGAAACCUGUUUGGCUUCAAAAGAAGCCAUGCCUUUCGAGUUAUUGAAGACAAAGCUCAUGUCAAGAUUAAAGACAAUGGGGAUCCGAAUAACCAAAACUUAUGAAGAGGAAUGGUCGUAUAUUCCAGUAGGCGGAUCGUUACCGAACACAGAGCAAAAGAACCUUGCAUUUGGUGCUGCUGCUAGUAUGGUGCAUCCAGCCACAGGAUAUUCGGUUGUAAGAUCACUGUCAGAAGCUCCUAAUUAUGCAGCGGUAAUUGCAAAGAUUUUAGGACAAGGAAAUUCAAAACAAAUGGUUGAUCUUGGAAGAUACACAACCAACAUCUCAAAGCAAGCUUGGGAAACACUCUGGCCACUAGAAAGGAAAAGACAGAGAGCAUUCUUUCUCUUUGGAUUAGCGCUGAUUGUCCAGAUGGAUAUUGAGGGAACCCGUACAUUCUUCCGGACUUUCUUCCGAUUGCCCACUUGGAUGUGGUGGGGGUUUCUUGGAUCUUCGCUAUCCUCAACCGACCUAAUAGUAUUUGCGUUUUACAUGUUUAUCAUAGCACCACAUAGCCUGAGAAUGGGUCUAGUUAGGCAUUUGCUUUCUGACCCGACAGGAGCAACUAUGGUAAAAGCAUAUCUCACGAUAUAAAUCACUCUAGUCGCAAUCGGUUUAGAUUAUUUGUAGGCACAUCUUGCAUAUAUAUAUAUGUAUAAGCCUUAUGUGUGUUGUAUCCUUACAUCAACACAAUCAUUACUUAUGUUUCUUGGAGCAAUGUUAAUGAAGUAUGUUCUUGUAUCA